CCUUUAUAUGCACACACCAUCACCCUUCGAUCAUUUCCGUGAGACCACUCCACACACAACAAUAAUGAAACAAAACAACACUAUUCUCCUCAGAUUCAUCAUACUCAUAUUAUCCAGUUAUGGCAUUGCCAUAUGUAACCUUUGCUCUACCAACCCUUUCCCCACCCCCCUUCUAGAACGUAAUGGUUCAUCAUCACUGAGGGGGGGCCUAAAACUAGAGGGGUACCUUAGCUUUGACCAUAUUGACCAUGCAGCCAAAGACUUUGGAAACACACACCAUUUCCUCCCAGCAGCAGUGUUAUACCCCAAAUCGGUUUCGGAUAUCUCUUCGGUGAUCAAACACGUCUCCGGUUUGGGGCUAACGGUUGCUGCGAGAGGGCGCGGCCACUCGCUGCAAGGGCAGGCGCAGGCUAACAAUGGUGUGGUGAUCCACAUGGAAUCGCUCCGCGUGCCACGAAUGCGAUUCCAAACAAUCGGGAGCAACUUCUCCUAUGUUGAUGUCUCAGCUGGGGAGCUGUGGAUAAACCUACUGCAUGAAAGUCUUAAACAUGGGCUUACCCCCAAAUCUUGGACUGAUUAUCUUCAUUUAUCCAUUGGGGGGACUCUGUCUAAUGCUGGGAUUAGCGGCCAAGCAUUCCGGCAUGGCCCCCAGAUCAACAAUGUUUACCAGCUUCAGGUUGUCACAGACUGUUGUACGGUUUUGACACUACAAGUUAUCAUCAAAUAAGGAGGGAUCGGAGAGUUUUAUUUUGGGACUAUCAGAAAAUGAACAUUGGGCAUUUGGAUCAAUAGGGCACAGCCUGAUCGAGGCAUUGUAGAUACUGAAUAGGAGAAGUCACGACUUGUUCAGAGGAACAGAAUACUGAACUGUUCAACGCUGUACUUGGAGGACUUGGACAAUUUGGUAUCAUCACUAGAGCAAGAAUUGCCCUUGAACCAGCACCCAAUAUGGUUAGGUGGAUACGAGUUCUGUAUUCAGAUUUUGCCAAAUUUGCCAAGGACCAAGAGGCCCUCAUAUCAUCAAAGGAUUCUUUUGAUUAUGUUGAAGGGUUUGUGGUAAUUAAUCGAUCCGGUCUGGUCAGUAGCUGGAGGUCUACUUUUGAGCCUAAGGACCCGGUUCAAGCCACCCAGUUCAGUUCUGAAGGAAAAACGCUCUUCUGCUUAGAGGUUGCCAUGUACUUCAAUCCAGAGGAGGCUAGUUUUCUGGAGAAGAAGAUUGACAGCCUUCUAUCAAAGCUGAGCUACAUAAACUCCACGCUCUUCCAUACAGAAGUUCCUUAUGUGGACUUUCUGGAUAGAGUGCACACUUCAGAGAUGAAACUCCAGGAAAAAGGAUUGUGGGAGGUCCCACACCCAUGGCUAAACCUUAUGAUUCCAAAGACGAAAAUCCAUGCCUUCGCCACAGAGGUUUUCGGAAACAUUUUCACUGACACUAGCAAUGGCCCCAUUCUCAUUUACCCUGUCGAUAAAUCUAAGUGGAAGAAGGGGACAUCUUUGGUUACUCCUGAGGAUAAUAUUUUCUACCUAGUAGCAUUUUUGAGCUCUGCAAACCCAUCAUCUACUGGGAAAGAUGGACUGCAACACAUCCUUUUACAAAACAGAAGAAUUUUAGAAUUCUGCACGAAGGACAAGAUUGGGAUGAAACAAUACUUGCCCCAUUACAACACUAGGGAGGAGUGGAGAACUCAUUUUGGCAGCCAGUGGGAGACCUUUGUCAAAAGGAAAUCCCUUUAUGACCCGUUGGCAAUCCUGGCUCCUGGACACAAAAUUUUCCGAAGAAUAUCUUAGUGGACGAGCCCAAUGAUGAAUGAAUGUCUUAGUGCACAGAUCUGUUAGCAUACCAGAAUAGUUAUAAACUUAUAAUGCAUUAAUUUGUUGUGAAAAGUGUACUUCUAGUGUAGAUAGAUAAGCACAUAGAAUAUAUUAUGGGAAGAAAAUAACUUUGCACCAUAGCGUUUAAUUUAAUAUUCGGAUCGUUAAAUCAUGGGUACUCCCCAAG